AUGGCCUUCUUGCUCAACCAUCUGACUUUCCUCAAGGCUUCUGCCGCGAAUACAGUCUGUCAGACGCUCAACAAAGUCGACACACGCAUCCCUGCCAUUGGAAAAGCCGUCUAUCUUGCCAUUGCAGGCGCCAGAGCCAAAAUGCUCGGCAAAACCUAUGCUGAUGUGCUCACCUUCCUGCAUUAUGAAUUGACCCUUCCCGAGACUGAGGAGAGCUGGAAAAAGCGCCAAGAUCUCCUGGCCGAGCUCUCGGACAUCUUCGAGAAACGCAAGGAAAACAGCACGAUCCCCAACGACUUUGUCCAGAAGGUCAAAGCCGUCUUACCUCAUAUUGUCACCACGGCGGGCUCUGAGCGUACCACUUUGUCUGCUCAAGCCCUCCGGGCUCUCUCCAACAUUGCCAAACACCUCGAAACUCACAUCCAGCCCCAACUGGAUCUGCUUCUUCCUGGUCUCAUUGCCAUCUGCGGUUCGACCAAGAUGGUCACGCAGAAAAACGCCAAUGACGCCAUCAUCAGCAUCUGCAAACAUGCUGGGUACAGCCCCCGGCUCUUCUAUCACGUCUGCGCUGCAUUCAAAGACAACCGCAUUCCUCCCCGCACUUAUGCGCCGGAGUGGCUGCGCACCCUCAUCGAAACCUAUCGCUCGCAGAUGGACCGUGAGAAAGACGGACCUGCUUGUGAGAAGGCAAUCGCCCAAGGCCUCACUGAUGGACAGGUCAAAGUCCGUGAGAAUAGCCGUGCCGUCUUCUGGACCUUCCAUUCAUAUGACCCUCGAGGCGCCCGCACCAUUAUGGGUAGCCUCAACACUCAUGCCCAAAAGGCUUUGAAAGCCGAUCCACACAACCCUGACAAAUCCUCCGCCGCCGCCGCCCGAGCCAAUGCUGUUCCAAGACCAAAGUCGGCCCUUGCUUCCAUCAAAGCACAGAAUAAAGAACGCAUGGCUCAAUCCCAGGAGUCGUCCCAACACCGUGGCUUGACUCCGGAACCUAUUAAAUCAUCCGAAGACAUCAAGGUCUUUGGUACCAUGGACGACGCAGAGAAGAAACCCACCCUUCUCUCAGCACCAGUCAGGAGACGCAUCGUUGCCACUCCCAUGCCUUCCGUCAGCAGCAUCCAGCGCCCCGAAUCUCGUGGGCGCGCUGUAACGUCGGCACCCUCCGUCACCAAAGACAACACCGCAAACACAAUCCCAGAGUGCGUCACCAAAUCCGGUUAUGAGACAGUCCCUAAGUCCAGUUAUGAGACGGUCCACAAACCCAGUCAUGAGACAGUCCCCAAAUCCAGUUAUGAGACAGUCCCCAAAUCCAGCUAUGAGACGCUCAAAUCUGAGGGCAAAGAAAAUGCCAUGGUGGUUCGUCCACGUAAGAAACGAUCUCCAAAGAGAUCACCUCGGCGUUCUCCCGAACGAGAUCGCCUUGCCUCCGAGAAAAAGACCCUUGUGAUGGCCAUGGAGGCACUUCGACGGUCCAGUCUCGAUGCUCUUGGAUACCGCAGACUGAGAAAACUGAUCGAAGAAAACCCCGGUGCUUUAAUCACCAAACACUCACAAUUUAAUGAACUCUUUGAACUCCUCAUCAACAACAUGGUGUCGUUGGAUAUGAUCACUGAAUCCCGAGACAAACGAGCCACAAACAUCAACCAUCCCGCUUACAACACACACACAAUUCUCAUAACGUUGGUCCAUCUCUUCCAACAAUAUCCUCAGUGGCCAGAACCACAGCCAGGAAUGACGCUGUCGGCCCUGCUCAUUGCCCGAUGCAACCACAGCUCGUCAUAUGCUUCUGUGCUGUCGGCCAUCGACGACGGCGCCUUUCUCCUGUGCAGCCACACACAGACCACCCUCCCUACCAUCGAUGCUGUCCUCGACACGCUUGAACAGAUUGAAUAUGUCAUUACCACCAACGAUCCUAUUGUUACCCCCAAGUCGACGGACACUAUUUUGUACAACAGCCUUCAGAGCCUGGCGUCCGAUUUUGGCCCAGAAAAGCCCCGCUUUGCAAACAGGCUUCCUAUUGUUAUGGACUUUGGUCUGAAGAUCCUCAAUGCUCUCCUCAUCCGGCUUGUUUCCUGCAAUGAAUCCCUCUACGAGAUUCAAGAGGAUCGCCUGGCCGCCUAUGCCGAACACCUCCUCGCUACCUACACAUCUAUCAUCAAAAGAGCCGUCAUGAACUUCUGCAUCAACCUUCAUGCCGUUAUCAAACCUGAAGAAAGAUUCUACAAGUACUUCAAGAAGGAGUCGGACAAAAACUUGAUUCAUUAUUAUGUUGACGUUGCUGGAUCGCCUUAUUGA